GCGUGAGACCUCGGCAUGGUAGGACACGCCGCCCUCAGCUCCUGGCCGAUAUACAGUCUAUCUCAGGUUUAACUUAACAGGAUAUUCCCUUCACUUUACAUCUGGAAGAUAGGCACAACAGUACUUGCGGACUGUAUAUUUCAAACGUUUGUUCAGAACUACCACGAGACCUGUCAAGGCUCACUGAAAUCUGAGGAAAACACAUCCAUUACCACUGCAGCUUUCAGCCGGCAGCCUCUCCACUUAGUCCCGCCACACCAUCAGCUCUCCAGCUUUACAAGAGUCUACCCAGAGCUGCUCCAGAAAGAUGUGAGCGUGUUCCCGACCAGCGCGGCGCGUGACCAUGAGCAGCGGAGCGAGCAUCACGGUGAGCAUAUGCGUCUUCUUUUUCAGGAAAUCCGAGGGGUAAAUUCAAAUGAACGACUUCUCGGCAUCCUCGUGAAAUGUUCUAUGUUUGUGUGAUGGAAGCAUUGUGUCAGUGCGAGCCGUGAAACACGCACGGGGGUUUUCUGAUGUAUUGAUGUUCGUGGAGACUAUCGUGCCAUCGAGAACCGAUAAAAAGACGCCCACGAAAAUACAAGACACCAAUAAAUGCGCAACCCGGAAGAAGCUGAGAAUGAGCAACAAAUGGUGAACGCUUGUGUUUACCUUCUGGCCGACAGCGAGCAACAACAGUGAAGUUACAGUGUAUAUUCACAAUAACACACAUAUGAAACGAUCACUGGAAAGCACAACUGCAGCAGGAAAUAAAAGUAACGUGAGGAAACAAAGCGGAGUGCAUUGAAGUGAAGACAACGCAGCCAAUCUGUACGCAAACCACAGCAUUCUCAUUCACUCACACACACACACACACACACACACACACACACACACACACACACACACACACGGUGGCACUAGUAAAAGCAACAAACAAGUGACUGACAAGCUCCACACGCUACGGGCAAGAGAAUGUAGGAACGCAGGGACCUCCACAGACCCAUUGGUUGCCGUCAAGUAUGGUGCAAGAUGAGAUGACCACCUGGACGCGUGCGGGACAGUGGGCAGCGUCCCCAUCACCACCACCCCCACCACGACGAGGACCUUCUCAGUCCCGUCCCACCCCGCCGUCUUCUCCUUGUCACGUCAAAAAUGUCCUGGCGAUGGUCAUUGUGGUCUUCUUCGCCUUCGUCAGUGCAGGUCGAGGACACAUCCGGGAGGGUCGCCCGGGGUCGCCUCUGCUGGUGCGCGGGUCACAACCUACGCUGCCCCCGCCCUCCCCACCCCAGCUUGACCCCGCCCACUCCGCUGAUGUCACGGCCCUCGCUGACCGCCCCGCCAUCCUCAACUGUCGCGUGCACAACAUCAGCAACAAGACGGUUUCGUGGAUCCGGCACCGGGACAUCCACCUGCUGACGGUGGGCCGCUACACUUACACGUCAGACCAGCGGUUCAGGGCACUGCACGAGGAUGACUCCGACGACUGGAUCCUCAAGAUAAACUACGUGCAGCCGCGGGACUCGGGAGUGUACGAGUGUCAAGUGUCAACGACUCCUCCCCUCUCGCACUUCAUUCGCCUCACCGUCGUUAAGCCGCACACGCACAUCCUGGGAGGUCCCGACAUGCACAUUAACACGGGCUCCACCAUCAACCUGACCUGCCUGGUAGAGUACAGCCCAGAGCCGCCAGACUUCGUCUACUGGAACCACAACAACAAGAUAAUCAGCUACGACUCAAGCCGCGGAGGAGUGACCGUCAUUUUGGAGAAGGGGGAUCUCACUACCAGCACCUUGCUCAUACAAAAGGCGCGCCCCUCAGACUCCGGCCGCUACGACUGCAACCCCUCCAAUGCAGACUCCGCUAACAUCACAGUGCACGUGUUGUAUGGCGAGCACCAGGCGGCAAUGCAACACGGAGGGCAGAGCGCCUACACUAACUCCUCCCUCGGCAUCAUCCUGUUCCUCCUGGGGCUCCUGACCGCCCUUCACGCAACGCUCAAGUAAAGCAGAAGCGCUCUCGCCAGCCAAGAUGUCGUCCUGAGUUAUCUUGCUCCGUCUUCCCCAGAAGGCGCUCUCGUGCCGGACAUUUGGUAGGAUGAGGGCAAAUGAGACCACAUCGUCUCGCCCCACCAAGGGAGCUGCUCAGAGCUGAUUUGGUCUGGAGCAGAUCGACAUGACCUGAAUAAGCGUGACAUCGGCCUCUGGGAAUUGAUCUUUUAGGACUUCAUGUCUCUUGAAGUGUUAGUGUCGUGGAAGAUAAGGACUUAAUACAAGUUGAAUGAAGUGCCUUAGGAGGAGCAUUUAUUGGGGAUGCUCGUGUGAGUGCUACAUUUGCAGGAACACGAAUAAUAGCCCGUGUUUGUGUGAUCAAGGCCUUCCGUCGACGUUGUGACUGUUCCGAAAGUGACUUUUAUGGAUGAUGAGGUCUUCAGGUAAGUAGAAUGCAGUGAUAAAAGUGUCAUAAUAGAAACAAAUUAUGAAAAUGCUGGGACGAACACCAAUGACAAAAAUACGAGGUUGCUGUGAAUCUUGUGAAUCAAUACAGGAAAUAUUCAGUCUCCUUAUACUGUAGACGAGAAUCUCACUCGUAAAUAAGCAGAAUGGUUGCAUUCGCAGAGCAUCAGGCAAGACAUUAAGUGCAAACCAUCAACAUAAACUUGACGGGUGCUGGACUGUCUAUAUAUUGAAGUACAAAUAUAUAUUUUGUUUCCUAUGA